UCCCCUCCCCCCCGCCCUGACGGACAGCGCGGCUCUGCCCCGCAGCGAGCAGCCGGCCCCCGGGAGCGGGGCUCCGCGUCCCGGCCGCCAUGUCCGCCCGUCCCCGCCGCGGGGAGGAGGGGCCGCGCCGCCUCAGUGCGUGCGGCCAUGGCGGGCUUCGUGCGGGAGCUGGAGCGGCGGGGCGGGCCGGCGCUGCGGCUGGAGCAGCGGGCGGGCGGCGUGGGCUGCGUGGUGUGGGACGCGGCGCUGGUGCUCGCCAAGUUCCUGGAGACCGGCGCGUGGCCGCUGGCCCGCAGGGCCGUGCUGGAGCUGGGCGCGGGCACCGGCGCCGUCGGCAUCAUGGCGGCCACGAUGGGGGCCGACGUGACGCUCACCGACCUGCAGGAGCUGCAGGAGCUGCUGGCCGUGAACAUCGAGAACAACCGGCACCUGGUGACGGGGUCGGUGCGAGCCGAGGUACUGAAAUGGGGCGAGGACGUGUCCGAGUUCCGGCCGCCCCCCGACUACAUCCUGAUGGCCGACUGCAUCUACUACGAGGAGUCGCUAGAACCGCUGCUGAAGACGCUGCGAGAGCUGACUGGCCCUGAUACCUGUGUCUUGUGCUGCUAUGAACAGAGGACGAUGGGGAAGAACCCUGAAAUAGAGAGGAGAUACUUCGAGCUGCUUCAGGUGGACUUCGAGCUGGAGCGAGUUCCCCUGGAUCAGCACGACGAGGAGUAUCGCAGCGAGGACAUCCACAUCGUGACCAUCCACAGGAAGCGGACGGUGGGUGACGUCGCCAGGAAUGGGCAGAGCCGCCGUGCGCACGGCGCGGUUGGAGCGUCCCGUGGUCGAAGCUGUAAAAGCGACCGUGAAAUCCCGUGAGGGACCCCGUGAAGCUGCAGAGCAGAGCUGUGCUUGCACAGGGGAGCAAUUUUGUUCUGAAGCGCGGCGCUGAGCCGGGUGCAGGCCUUUGUGCUGCCCGUGAGCUGUGGGCUGGCGGGCUGAAGGGCUGGGGCAGCCAGGUGUUAAAAGCAAGGUGCACAGUGCUGCUCUGAGCACCCGCUGCUCCGCUCCACCGCCCUCCUCCCCACCCCGCUGCGUGGAGGUGGAGCUGAGCAGCCUGUCCGUGGUAAUCACAUGCUGGUUAUCAGGCAGAUAUGCAUGAAGAAGGUACUUGAUGCUGACGUGACACGCGGGCCCGGUGUUGGAACGAAACCGCUGUGUUCAAGCAUCUGUACCUCUCCAUUUUGUCUUUAAAUCUCUUCGCAGAAUUCCCCGUCCUGAGCUCCUUGGCAGCUGGCUGGAACCCUGCAGAGGAGGGAGCCCCACGAAGGAGCCGCCUGCAGCGUGUUUGCGCCACGGGAGGAGGAGAAGUGGCCUCGCUGGGCCGCGUGCCCCCCCCCCCCCUUUCUGCUGGGCAGGACGUGGUCUCCUGCUGUCUGCAGGCUCAGGCAGUGGGAGGCCAGAAUGGAAGCACGGCUCAGCGCAGCGCUGCUGUGUGUGUUCCGUGUGCCACAGGCAGCACUGCCUGAGGAGGAAGCCCCGUCUGGGGGACAGCCGAGCCCGGAGAGCCGCUCAAUAAAACUUUUCUACUUGA